UCAAACCAAAGCAUAUAUAUUUCAUGUCUCUGUACCCUGUAGAAUAAAAUGGAAGACCAGCAGACUAACGUACUGGUACUAAUGUAAACAAGAAAUAAUUCAGAAUGACUAAGAAGGAGAAAGAGACUAGACACUAUAGAGUGUCCCAUCAGAUCCUAUCUCUCACUGGGAUCAAUUUUCAGACUAAAUCUAUUAUUGGGUGUGUUGAAUUGACCCUGAUACCGUCCAGAGAUAAUCUCAAGCAUAUCCGACUCAAUGCUAAACAACUCAGAAUAUACAGUGUUUGUUUGAACGGGACAGUGGAAGCUAGUUUUCAAUAUUUUGAUCCAACAUUAGAAGUUUGUCAACAAAAUGUGGAAAAAAGGGACCUGGAUACCUACUCUGAAAACCAUCUAUCCGGAUGUAACCUGGUGGAUCCGGAUCUUAACGGUGGAGAGCUCAACAUCAAAAUACCAUCAGAGGCGUUUAGCCAGAAUAUGAUAGGAGAGGGUAAACCUAUCAGAGUUCGUGUAGAAUUCUCUUUAGAAGAUCCACUGGGAGGAGUUCACUUCGUUCUACCAGAGGGUGAGGGUACACUGGCUGAGAAAUCUGCUCAUAUGUUCACCUACGGACACGAGAACAGUGCUAGACUCUGGUUCCCUUGUAUAGAUACUACUAGUGAACCUUGUACAUGGAAGCUAGAGUUUACUGUAGACGAGGUAAUAGUUCUCAUUGAAUAAAUGCAGGGGUGAAU